AACAGCAGGGGCUCUGGAAGUGGAAGCAGCCUGAAGCCGAGGCGCGUCCGCACGGGGUGCCUAACCUGCCGCGAACGCCACCUCAAGUGCGACGAGGGCGUCCCCGAGUGUAACAACUGCCGCAAGAGCAGCCGCGAGUGCCGCCGCGGCAUCCGCCUGAACUUCAUCGACAUCCAGGUCAAGGCGCCGCCACGUGUGGCACCGUCGGCAGAGUGGUCUGUUCAAAUUAUCGAUGAGUCGCGGUCUAUCGCUUCAGAGUACAAGGGAGGACUUGGCUGCUAUCUCAACGUCGCCCCGUCGCCGUCCGAAGCUGAUCCGAGCGCGAGUAGUGAGCCGCAAGGGGCGCCCAACCUGGAUCAUCCGAGCGACGUCGGGCAGCCGCCGCCCGUCGAUGGAGUCAUCAGUUCUGCCGACAAAAGCCGGCCAACCCGGGGAAGUGUUGGCAGCCCACUCAACCCACUCAACGCACCGUCCUUGACCGCUCCCCCUGCGCCAAGCCCGAGGCCGCAGUCGAGUCUCUCCGGAUUUCAGGGAGACGCGUUCGUGUAUGCUUCGCUGCCGGGCCACGACGCGGUCGGGGCCGAAACGCAUACGCAGAGUAGCAAGAACCCGGGCUGGCCAACUGACAACCCACCACCAGUACCAGCACCGUCACCACCACCGCUACCACGCCCGCCAGCACAUGACCUGCGCCCUGCUCACCCAGCUGAGACACCUACUGGGCUGAUGACGCCGUCAAGCGAGAACACGACGGGAGAACGAGACUAUCUGAGCUCGGACGAGGAGAUCUACUUCAUGCAAACCUUUGUCGACGAGGUGGCCGUCUGGAUGGACGCGCUGGACAGGGACAAGCACUUCGCCACCGCGGUGCCAUACAUGGCCCUCAAGCUGCCCAUGCUGCUCCACGCCAUGCUGGCAUGCGGCGCCAAACACCUGACGCUGGUAGGCGCUCACGACGGCGAGAAGGCAGACUACUACUACGGGAUGGCCGCCGCCCAGCUCGCGCGCUGCCAGCAGGACCGGGACCGCGACGCCGCCGGGUGCGCCGUCACGGCCGUCGUCCUGAACGCGUACGAGGUCAUGGGCGGCAACUCCACCCAGCGCAUGGGCGGCCACAUCGCCGCCACGCGCGCCCUGAUCCGCGAGUGCGGCUGGGACGCGUCCUCGACCGGUCUCGGCGCCGCCUGCUUCUGGGUGAACGUCGGCAUGGAGGUGCUGAGCUGCCUCUCGUCCGGCUGGCCGACCGCCUGGGACCCCGAUCAGUGGGGGCUGGACCUGGACCCGGACUUCGGCGACGAGGAGCUCUGGGUGCACCGCAUCUUGUACAUCCUGGCCAAGGUGGCCAACUUCCGCGCCAGCACGCCGCGCUUCCAGGAGCCGUCGCCGCACGACGAGCAGGUCCGCCUGCAGAACCGCUUCACCGAGUGGCGCCGUCUGCAGGGCAUGUGCAGCGCCUGGAACCUGCACUGCCCCCGGUCGAUGCGGCCGUACGGCUACUCGCCGGGGCCGUCGCCCAAGUCUCUGUUCCCCAACGUGUGGUGA